ACAAAACCCGGAAAUGCUUUGUUUUUGUAUUACAGCCAGCUGUCAGAAGCACCUUUAGGCUGCAGAUGUCAUUUUAAGUCUGCUAUUCAAGCAGCCAGAGGUCGACACAAACAUCCACCGAGGGAGCUGAGCUUCUUCGCCUUGACCUUCAUCAUGGUGGAGCCCACAGCAUCUGGCGUGUUCUGUAACAGGAUGCUGAGCAUGGUCAACUCUGAGGAUGUGAAUGCCAUCAUCCAAGCUCAGAGACACAUGCUCGACCGCUUUGAGAAAACCAAUGAGAUGUUGAUCAACUUCAACGGGCUGUCUAACGUGCGACUGCAGCAGAUGAACGAGCGCUUCCUACUCCACACUCGCACCCUGGUGGAGAUGAAGAAAGAUCUGGACAGUGUCUUUAGGAGGAUCAGGACACUAAAAGGGAAGAUUUCCAAGCAGUACCCUGAAGCUUUCAGCAAUAUCCAUGAAUCACCGAUCCUGGAGGACGAUGAUGACGAGUUUGACCCAGUUCCCCCCAGCGCUGCCACAACAAUUAUAGCAGCCACGUCAGAGCAGAGCACAGAGUCCUGUGACACGAGUCCGGAUGUGAUCUCACCCACUGUGAGCAGAUGCUCUGAAGAUCUGUCCCAAGAGGCGCCUGACACACCCACCUCUGAUGUCCUAGAGACAGCUGUCCUACAGGACGAGGGUCCAGACUCUGUACCUGCAGAAUAGAGCGAGCAGUGGAUGGAUUACAGCCUCUCGAGCUUCAACCUUAAAACUAUUUUAGCAGGAGGUCAUGUUGUAUAUUUAGGUUUGUGUUGGCCUCUGCAAUAUCUGCGGACUUCUCCAGUCAUUAAUCUGUUUGGAAGAGCGUCACAACCUUGAUGUUAAAUGUGGCUUUGAACUGUCAGAGGACGCUGGAUUUUUGUUGGCAUGCUUACUCUCCAGGUGUCCUAUGCCUGCACAGCACUAAAAUAAUGCAGAUAAUACUUGAAGCUGUUUAGUGUCUCACUGUAGAUGUAAAUCUAUAGUACUGAUGUCAACCUGAACUGUUCUCACUCAUUAUGUGAUUAUAAGCAUAUAUAAUUUUGUUGUUGUCUGAAGAGAUGUACACCUGACUGAAGGAAGAAAUCUCUCAUGAUUACUUGAAAGACAAAAAUUAAUGAUAUUCUCAACCUGAAUAAUAGUAGUUAAGGUUUGCAGUAGUUGCCACUGUUGUUAUCAUCAUACUGUUAUUAUAUGGGCCCCUGCUGAAACCAGGAAACAUGUUUGUUAAUGCAUCCAUGAAUGUUUUCAAUAGCCUUUAUGCUAAUGGUUUACAGAUCUCUGCCAGAAAAUUCUCUCUACGUUUGCUGCCUUCGUCACAGAGAAGCCAGGGAUAUGUUUGUCAGUGAUUCAGCAAACUAUUCAAGGACACAUCUUGUCAGCUGGGCAGAGGCUCUUUGUUACGCUUUGUGAGUCAAGGAUCCAAACACUCCUUGCUCUCCAAUAAAGAGAACAGUUUUGGUGUAAAAGGGAAAGUCCAUCUUAAAAUGUGCUUCAUUUGUUAUGUGAUAUUUUUAAAUCUCAGUUUUUAUCUGUUGAUUAAAAAAAUAUAUCUCCUUGAAAAGUAGAGACACCGAGUAUCAUGUAGUAGUGUUCAUAAUAACAACAAUAACAAUAAUUGUAUUGACUCUACUGUCCAAAAUCAAUGUCAUUACAUAAAUUCAUUUAUGCAGUGAAUUUUCCCUUUAA